GCACACGAGAUCAUAUAGAAUAGUCUGAGGUCAGCGCUUUUGCCCAUAGAAGCUAUUAAACAUCAUUUGUGUGGAGUGUGGUACUAAUGCCACAUAGCUUCUACCAGUUCGGAUGAUAUCGCCGAUCCGAAUUCCGAUGACAGGCCCCUACUUCAUUCACCAGCCCCUCGCAUCUCCUUAAGGAGGUGAUGUUGCGCACAUAAACCAAUGAGAAGAUCCGGAAUCCUCGACAUUUUCCACGGAAAGUAUUUCGACGUCUCAUCCGAAGACGUGCUUGGAAGCCAACGCUGCCACACGCUGAGACAUAGUAUGUGGUAUGCCUUCAUUUGGUGCAGUCUCGUAAAUAAGCUCCACCGCCCUGCAGAAAUCUCGGACCUCCUCGCCGCAUUUGAACUUCGUCUUCUGGACCUGCUGGAGGUACAGCUGCUUCGCCAGAAAGGCCAGAUCAGGGUUAUCGAAUCUUUCGGCGAAGACCAUCAUGUGGAUGUGAUGAAGCAGAGGAAUUUGCGUGUAGGGCAUCUCCUCGUAGUCUCCGGUGUAGAUAUGUCUCAGUGCCUGCCACACGAUGUCGAAGCCGCCGCGGACGUCUUUCAACUCGACAAAACCAUUCUGAGACUCCAGUUAAGGUCAAGCGUUAGUCUAGUGGGUAGCUUGAGAGCGUGUGUCUUGAGAAAUCACCUUGGGACUCGCAACACGAGACCGGAAGUAUUUAGAUCGUGGCCCAAGGAUGGCGCGGUAUACCAUUACGACGUUGCCCUAGUAUUUGAUCCGAAAGUCCUGAUAGGAACCGUCCCAAAGACUAGUUUCAUGUCAGCUGGGAUAUCGAUGCUCACUCGGCGACACCCUGCGUCGUGA